GAUGAAGAAGUGUCAAAAUUUAACAAAAAACCGGUGUGCUGAAAUUCUUGAAACUCAAACUAGAAAAUGAUCAUUCAAACGUGCCUCAGUGCUAUGUCUGGUUAGCCAGAAAGUAAAUUGGUUCUGCUUUUUUGAUGUAGUAAAAUAUAGUGAAGUGAACAAGAACAGUGAAGCAUCGUUUCAAGAAAAGCAGUGUGUUGAAUUAACUGCACAUUUUUGAACAUUGCUGUUAAAUUUUCUUAACCUCAAUCCCGCGCAGGGAUUUGUUCUAUUUAGACAGCAGGCUAAUAAAAGCGUCCUAGCAGUUGGAAAAUGGCUCGCGGAAAGGCAAAACGUGAACCGGCUACUAAUGGUGAUGCACCUCCAGCGAAACUGGUUCGUUCAUCACACAAAUUUGAAUUAGCACUUCCAACGCUACCUAAAUCAUGCGGCAGUGUACUUUCAUGUGGCCAGGGAGAAUUCGGCCAACUCGGUUUAGGAGAAGAUGUGAUGGAAAAAAGUCGUCCUGCACUAGUCGAUGGUAUGAAGGAUGUGGUGGACAUUUCUGCCGGAGGAAUGCACAAUCUAUGCCUGACGCGUAAGGGCGAAGUGUAUUCAUUUGGAUGCAACGAUGAAGGUGCGCUAGGUCGGGCUACUAAUGAUGACUCCGGCGCGGAAUUUCUACCCCACAAAAUCAAUCUCCCUGCGCCUUGCUUGAAAAUAUCAGCCGGCGACUCACAUUCAGCCUGUCUGUUAAAUGACGGACGCGUCUAUGCGUGGGGAUCAUUUCGGGAUUCGCAUGGCAACAUGGGACUUACGCUGGAAGGUAACAAACGGUUACCGAUCGAAGUUCUUCCUGGCAUCAAAUCGGUUGACAUUGCUUCCGGUGGCGAUCAUCUGGUUAUUUUGACUGAGAUUGGCCAUGUCUAUACCGUUGGAUGUGCCGAGCAGGGUCAGCUGGGUCGUAUCUCGACCCGAGCAGCAUCCGGCGAGUCCCGACGGGGUAAAAAGGAACUGCUGAAACCCGGUGUCGUCACAUUGAGAGGAAAGUUUGUUCUCGCCGAUGCUAUUUGGGCUUCUACGUAUUGUACCUACUACAAAGAUCGCAACACAUCUAAAAUCUUUGCUUUCGGAUUGAACAACUAUUGUCAGCUUGGCAUUCCAAAUCCGAGUGAAAAUGUAGUGAAACCAGUAUUUGUACCGGAAUUGACCAGCUUCACAGAUGUUCGGACUAUCACAGGAGGCCAGCAUCAUACGAUGGUUCUCAAGAACGAUAAUAAAGUGUACGUAAUUGGACGCAAAGAAUAUGGUCGGCUUGGGUUGGGAGAUGUUCCAGCUGAUGCGAAAACAUUAACCUUGGUUGAUAUGCUGGCCACUAAAAAAGUGGUGGACGUUUCUUGCGGCGAUUGUACAUCUUUUGCAGUAACGGAGGGUGGCGAAGUUUAUGCAUGGGGAAUGGGUUCUAGCCAGCAGCUUGGAACUGGAAGCGAAGACGAUGCAAUCAAGCCUGUGCUGUUGGUCAGCAAACAGAUCCAGGGCAAAAGGAUUCUAAAAGUGUCCAGCGGGGGUCAACACAGCUUAUUCUUAGUAGAGGAUAAACCAUCCAAAGAACGUACACCCGUACCGGAUGUUUCUAAACCUGCUGCUAAAUCUAAGAAAGCCGCCACUAUGGAAAAAGCAGAACCAUCGUCAACUUUGGAUGAAGCAAGUAGUAGUGUGAAGUCGGAUGAGGUGACGAAAGAAGCAUCUGAAAAACCCAAAACUAAUGGAACCGUGCCGAAAGAUAAAAAUGAUGGUGGAGAUUUAGUGAGUAGUAGCAGCACUGUGGAAGAGACAGCAGACAAUAAACCAUCUGCCCGAGGACGCAAGCGAAAGCUUUAAUGGCCUGAUGAAAAGCACGACUGCUAGUAAUAUUUAACAGUAAAUAUUUUAAGUUAGCUAGAGAAUGAAAGCAACACUUAAGACUAAGUGCUUUUUGUAGCAUUGUAAAGAAAAAAUCUUUACAAUUUCGUAUUUCAUGGUUUGUUAGACAAUGUCGGUUCACCCUAAUUUUUUGUUCUUAUUGUACUGUAGCUUUUCUUUUGUUUUCUUAUGAAGCCAUUUUCUUGUUUGCAACAUACAUUAGACUAGGCAUUUCAUUCUAGUUUAAAACCUUGUUAUCUGUAAUUGUUCUAUGCAGAAAAAAAUCAAACUUGAAUAUGCUCCUGACGAAAUAUUCAACUUAAAUCCGUUUUCUCGAUAUAAUGCACGUAUUUAAAAUUGUACAUGAUAAUAAAACUUUUCAAUUGAAACAAAA